UUGGUUCGAAGCCUCGAAGACAUUUGCUGUCCGUGGAAUGAAAUCGUGCAGUUUCAGACUUUCAGUGUUGAGGUAGCUUCGUCGUUAUGUCCUCCUUUAUUGGCAAGCUCUCUUCUCUCCCUCUCUCGCUUUCCAUCACUUCUUCAUCUUCCAAAGAACCCAAUUCCAGCUCUCCUAAUUCGGUGAAUUUGAGGGACGACUGGAGAAAGAGGUCUAGGCCCAUCCCACACGGAGGCACCUACCCUGCCAAAGACCAUUGCAGUCAAUGUGGGCUGUGUGAUACUUAUUAUAUUGCCCAUGUCAAGAAUGCCUGUGCUUUCUUGGGAGAUGGAAUGUCUAGAGUUGAAAAACUGGAACCCAUAGUUCACGGUAGAGGGAGGAAAGCUGAUACAUUGGAGGAGACCUACUUUGGUGUACAUGAGGAACUGUUAUAUGCUCGAAAACUUAAGCCUGUGGAAGGAGCUCAGUGGACUGGAAUAGUAACUACCAUUGCUAUUGAAAUGCUUAAAUCAGGCAUGGUUGAAGCUGUCAUUUGUGUUCAGAGUGAUCCGGAGGACAGAUUAUGUCCAAGGCCUGUGCUGGCAAGGACACCUGAUGAAGUUUUAGCAGCUAAAGGUGUGAAGCCAACAUUAUCUCCUAACCUAAAUACCCUCGCCCUUGUUGAGGCUGCAGGCAUCAAGCGUCUUCUUUUCUGCGGUGUAGGCUGCCAAGUGCAAGCAUUAAGAUCUGUUGAGCAAUACCUGAAUUUGGAGAAGCUCUAUGUUUUAGGCACUAAUUGUGUGGACAAUGGAACUAGGGAAGGACUGGAUAAGUUUCUAAAGGCUGCAAGUGAUACUCCAGAAACAGUUCUCCAUUAUGAGUUUAUGCAAGAUUACAAGGUUCACUUAAAGCACUUGGAUGGUCAUAUUGAAGAGGUUCCUUAUUUCUGUCUACCAGCAAAUGAGCUGGUUGAUGUUAUUGCCCCUUCUUGCUACAGUUGUUUUGACUAUACAAAUGCCUUAGCGGACUUAGUGGUUGGAUACAUGGGCGUGCCCAAAUAUUCUGGAGUCAGCAUGACACAACAUCCUCAGUAUGUCACUGUCAGGAAUGAACGUGGAAGAGAAAUGUUGAAUCUGGUUCAGCAGUAUUUGGAGAUUAAGCCAACCACUAAUGGUGGAGAUCGGCGGCCAUUUGUUAUGGAGACUGUUAAGGCUGAUGAUAAUGCUAAGCUAGGGAAAGGUCCUGCUCAGCCAGCCCCAAAAUUUAUUGGAAACUUGAUAGCUUUUAUACUAAACCUGAUUGGUCCAAAAGGUCUUGAAUUUGGACGUUAUUCACUUGAUUAUCACACCAUCCGCAACUAUUUGCACGUAAAUCGUGCUUGGGGAAAAGAAAGAGCUAAUAGGCACAUGCCUGCAUAUGCUAAGAAACUCGUGGAUUUGUACAACCAAAAUGGUCAAAUCGACAAGAUGCUUUCCAACAAGUGACCGUAGCUGAUUAUAAUACAAGCAUUAGUUCAGAUUAAAAACCAGUAUACAAGGGCGCCUAGAGCGUGCAUAUUUUGGAUACUACAACCGGUUAAGGUUUCAAGCUUAUCAAAGAUUGUGCCAUACUUGGAUGGUCUGAUAGUUCCAUAUCCAUGGAGAAAGUGAUUAUUGCGGUUGGCCAUUACGUACGUAUUUGCACGAUGCUCUGAAUUAUUUGGAAUUUUUGCGAAGGCUUAGCCUUUAGAAUUUGGUAGAUAUGAAUAUUAAGAUCCGAGCAUAUUGAUAGAAAGUCUGCCUCAGUGUUGAGGCGCAAGAGCCAUUUGUAACUGAUAACAUAGCAGCUAGGAGCUCAUUGACAGAAGUCUAAACUCGAGCGAGAGAAUUGAUUUUCUCUUCUGGUAAGGUCUGUCUGGUCUUAAUGAGAUUUUGUUGGAGCCACAAAGUAUGAGAUUAAGUCUUACAUCAGGAGUAUGAUAUUGUGAUUUGGUUAUACUGUUA